ACUGGAACUUCCAAAGCAACACCGUUAUUUGAAAGGUGUUGUAAAAAAGGCACUGUAGUACUUGAAGAGUACCAAAUUAAAUCAGAUCUACUUGGUACUCUAAUGACUGAGAUGAAUUCAGAGUCAAAGCACUUUAGACAAAAUAUCACGGAGUAUAACUGUAGUCUUUUGUUUACUGCAGUUCAGUAUACUCCUGAUGAGAGACUUGCUAGAUUGUCACCUGGAAUUAAAUACUUUUAAAUUUAUGGAGAGCUUUAUCAUAUACAAGACCCACUUACAUCAGCAGAAGGAACAGUUCUACAGUUUGCUCAACUGUAGUUCUAUGACUCAGCUUUAGUAAUAAAUUCUUUAGCAAAUUCUCAUCCCAAUCUCAAAGUAUCAAUAAUACAACAGUUGACAGCACUAUUGUAUGAGGUAAAUCCAUAUAUUACAAUUUAUAAAACUGCAAAGGAGUAGUUGGAUGAGGGAAAUCAAGAUGAUCAAGUACUCAGAACACUCUCAUAUCCUCAACUACAACUGAUUGUUGAGGCAGGUAGAGAUACCAAACAAUACAAUCUGCCUACAAGCAAUGAGGUUGCUAUGAUCAUACUAGAGGAGUCAGAAAAAGCCAGUAUAAGGGAUUUGGUUCUU